GACUAACUAUAUACCACCAUAGCUCCCAGCUGCAGAUCUGGUCUCUUUCCUUGUUCUUCCCGUGUGAAACUGCCAUGGCCAUGGAGCUUUGGUGCUGUGGCAGCAGGAGAGGAGCUUCUGGAUCCGAGAUUGCUGUUAUUCUUCUGCUCCUCAUCCAUGGAGCUCACUCCUUCUACCUCCCGGGCGUCGCUCCUCAGGAUUUUGAAAAGGGCGAUGAGCUGCAAGUCAAGGUGAACAAGUUGACCUCCAUAAAAACCCAGCUUCCAUACUCCUAUUACUCCCUCCCGUUUUGUCGCCCGGCGAAGAUUGUGGACAGUGCUGAGAAUCUCGGAGAAGUACUUCGUGGUGACCGGAUAGAGAAUUCUGCUUAUGUGUUCAAAAUGUGGGAGCCACAAAUGUGCAAUAUCCUCUGCAGGGUCAAGCUUGAUGGGAAAAUUGCGAAAGAGUUCAAAGAGAAGAUUGAUGAUGAGUAUCGGGUCAACAUGAUCCUUGAUAACCUUCCUCUGGUAGUUCCGAUCGAAAGAGUAGAUCAGGGUUCUCCAUCUGUUGUUUAUCAGCUCGGCUAUCAUAUCGGGCUUAAAGGCCAGUAUGUAGGGACCAAAGAGCAAAAGUACUUUAUCCACAAUCACCUUUCAUUUACGGUCCGGUAUCACAGAGAUAUGCAAACUGAUGCUGCAAGAAUUGUGGGGUUUGAGGUCAAUCCAUUCAGUGUCAAGCAUGAAUAUGAAGGACAGUGGAGCCAGAAGACACGUCUUACUACUUGUGAUCCACACACCAAACGCCUGGUUGUUAGCUCAGCUACCCCUCAAGAAGUUGAAGAGAAGAAGGAGAUUAUCUUCACAUAUGAUGUAGAUUUCCAGGAAAGUGAAGUGAAGUGGGCAUCUAGAUGGGAUGCUUAUCUUCUGAUGAGCGAUAACCAAAUCCACUGGUUUUCUAUCGUCAACUCCUUGAUGAUCGUCCUCUUCCUCUCGGGUAUGGUAGCGAUGAUAAUGCUGAGGACCCUUUACCGCGAUAUCUCAAGGUACAAUGAGCUUGAAACUCAAGAGGAAGCUCAAGAAGAGACAGGAUGGAAGCUUGUCCAUGGUGACUGUUUCCGGCCUCCGACCAACUCAGAUCUGCUCUGCGUCUAUGUGGGGACGGGUGUCCAAUGUUUCGGCAUGGUUCUCGUCACCAUGAUAUUUGCGAUGCUCGGGUUUCUGUCUCCGUCCAACCGAGGCGGUCUGAUGACAGCCAUGCUCCUUCUCUGGGUCUUCAUGGGUCUAUUUGCGGGCUAUGCCUCCUCUCGUCUCUACAAAAUGUUCAAAGGAACGGAGUGGAAGAAAAUCGCCUUCAGGACAGCGUUCAUGUUCCCAGCAGUCGUCUCGGCCGUCUUCUUUGUCCUAAACACCCUAAUCUGGGGACAGAAGUCGUCAGGGGCGGUACCCUUCGGGACAAUGUUCGCUCUGAUCUUCCUCUGGUUCGGGAUCUCGGUCCCGCUUGUCUUUGUGGGGAGUUACCUGGGGUUCAAGAAACCAGCCAUCGAGGAUCCCGUGAAGACGAACAAAAUCCCGAGGCAAAUCCCGGAGCAGGCUUGGUACAUGAACCCCAUCUUCUCGAUACUCAUAGGAGGGAUCCUACCGUUCGGGGCAGUAUUCAUCGAGCUAUUCUUCAUCCUGACGUCGAUAUGGCUGAACCAAUUCUACUACAUAUUCGGAUUCCUAUUCGUCGUGUUCGUGAUCCUCAUCGUGACAUGCGCCGAGAUAGCAAUCGUUCUAUGUUACUUCCAGCUUUGCAGUGAGGAUUAUCUGUGGUGGUGGAGGUCUUACUUGACUUCUGGCUCAUCGGCUCUAUACCUCUUCCUAUACGCAGCGUUUUACUUCUUCACGAAGCUUCAGAUCACGAAGCUCGUAUCGGCUUUGCUUUACUUCGGGUAUAUGCUGAUUGCGUCUUACGCCUUCUUCGUGCUUACGGGUACUAUUGGAUUCUACGCUUGUCUCUGGUUCACGAGGCUUAUCUACUCUUCGGUUAAGAUCGAUUGAUUCUUUUUCUCUCUCUCGGGUUUUUUGUGGGAGUACAUGAUGAUGAUGAUGAUGAUGAUGAUGAUGAUGAUGAUGAUGCAAAAGGUGAUGUAGUUAUGUUCCAGUUUAAACUCGUUGUUUUGGGUAACAGUAAUGUCAGUAAAGCAGUGGGGGGGGACAAACCUGAACCAUUUUUAUAGUGUAUUAUUAUUAUUAUUAUUAUUAUUAUUAUUAUUAUUUGCA